CUGGAAAAGGCAACCUCAGAACGAUGUCGUAUCAAUGAGUUUCAAGUUACAACGCCGUCGUUUUUGACAUUGUCCAUCCCUUUCCCUUUGUACAUCCCUGUCCUUCCUUCCUUCCUUCCUUGCCUUUAAGAUGACACCCCAGUCGUAAAAGGGCUCUAAGCCUCGUCCGCGUUUUCCUCUUUUCCCUUUACUCGUUGACCGAAAUUUCUCGACUCACCGUGUUCACAACCUCUAGAUCUGUUACUUACAAGGCCCGAUUUCAUAAUUUCAAGAUCUGCUUCCAGCAUCUAAACGCGACCGUUUUCGGAACUCAACUCGGAGCUUCAAUUUUUAAGGUUUGGAAUUUGGAUGUGCUUGUCUUUUAUUUGGUCUACUGGAAAUGUCGGUUUUGCCCAAAGGUGAUUCAGUUCAUAUUCGAGAAGUUUGGAACGAUAAUCUAGAAGAAGAGUUUGCUUUGAUCCGUGAAAUUGUUGAUACCUAUAAUUAUGUAGCUAUGGAUACUGAGUUCCCGGGUGUAGUUCUACGUCCUGUUGGUUCUUUCAAGAAUAUCAGUGAUUAUAACUACCAAACUUUGAAAGAUAACGUGGAUAUGUUGAAGUUGAUCCAAUUAGGGCUCACUUUCUCGGAUGAGAAUGGCAACCUUCCCACUUGUGGAACUGACAGCUCUUGCAUUUGGCAAUUCAAUUUCUGCGAGUUCAAUAUAAGCGAAGAUAUCUUUGCUAGUGAUUCCAUUGAGUUGUUGCGCCAGUGCGGGAUUGAUUUUAAGAAGAACAAUGAGAAGGGUAUCGACGUGAAGCGGUUCGGCGAGCUUCUGAUGUCUUCCGGGAUUGUGCUGAAUGAUGGUGUGCAUUGGGUAACUUUUCAUAGUGGAUAUGACUUUGGGUAUUUGCUAAAGCUAUUGACUUGCAGGAGUUUGCCCGAUAAUCAAGCGGGAUUCUUUGAUUUGAUCAAUAUGUAUUUUCCCAUGUUGUACGAUAUCAAGCAUAUGAUGAAGUUUUGCAAUAGCCUGCAUGGUGGUUUGAACAAGCUUGCUGAGUUGUUGGAAGUGGAAAGAGUUGGUGUGUGUCAUCAAGCUGGCUCGGAUAGUUUGCUCACAUCGUGCACGUUUAGGAAGUUGAGAGAUAACUUUUUCAAUGGCUCCACUGAGAAAUAUGCAGGUGUACUGUAUGGCCUAGGGGUCGAAAGUGGACAGACUACUAAUUAGAAAGAAGAAAUAAUAAUUGGGAAAAGGUUGAUGAAUGUAGACUACUUGAGUGUGAGACUUUAUAAUUUUCAUUGUAUACAUUGGCAAAAAUGAUUGUUAAUUUAGUUGUGAGCUUAUCUCCUUUGCUUGCAUUGUAACUGAAACCUUAACUGGUUUUCUAUUCUAGUUCUAGUUGAAAGUCAUGUAUAAAUUAUGCAGUUAGUGUUUCAAUAAUAAUUUGAACCAUUGGCAUCUCA